AUGGGGAUGCUUUUGACCAAACUGCUGCUCCCCACACUCAGCAGCCUGGCCUUGCUCCCCACGGUCAGUGUCGCGGCCAAGCGGCGCUUCUACAUGGAGUCCAUGGUCUACCUCUUCACCAUGUUUUUCGUGGCACUCUUCCAUGCCUGCCAUGGGCCCGGCCUGUCGCUGCUCUGUUUUGUGCGCCACGACACCCUGGAGUACUUCAGCGUGUACGGGACUGCGUUGAGCAUGUGGGUCUCUCUCAUGGCCCUCGCUGAUUUUGAUGAGCCCAAGCGGUCGACUUUGGUGAUGUUUGGGGUCCUCACUCUCGCCGUCCGCAUCUACCAUGAUCGCGGGGGCUAUGGGGUAUACUCGGGCCCCAUUGGCACAGCUGUCCUCAUCAUUGCCAUCAAGUGGCUGCGGCAAAUGAAGGAAAAGAAGGGGCUGUACCCCGACAAGACCGUCUAUACCCAGCAGGUGGGACCUGGCCUCUGCUUCGGGGCAUUGGCCCUGAUGUUACGCUUCUUCUUCGAGGAUUGGGACUACACCUACGUGCACAGCUGCUACCACUGUGCUCUGGCCAUGUCCUUCGUGCUCCUGCUGCCCAAGGUCAACAAAAAGGCGGGCAACGGAGGGCCGCCAGCCAAGCUGGACUGCUCCACUCUCUGCUGCGCAUGUGUCUGA